AUGUCAGAGGACGAGGAACAUGGACAUGAAGCAGUGGCACUGCCAGACUUGAGCGGUAUCUGGGCGUUCGUAUCCUUGACUACGCCAGACAUGGAACAAAGUCUGGCUCCACCCCGGACAGAUCUUUUGCGAGGCAGGACAGCCGAUUCGAUCCAUCCAGUACACCAAGACCAAGACGGAGACCGGCCUACACUGGCUUAUGCAACUUUUCCAGAACUCAUAAUCACGCAACCGGGCCGGUAUCGAAUGAAAGUCAACAUCAUUGACAUGAACGCGUAA